GGUAGUCGCUAUAGAGGCGGAUGGAAGUGAUGUGAGUUGUAAGUUACCAUCUGCAAACACAGAGUUCUCGGCCUAAACGUGUGGUUCGAUGUUGGGAAGGCUCUUCAGGAUAUCCAGCGAGGAGAUGCCAGAGGUCCCACUCUGGAAGGUCUGGAGACGGCGGCGGUACGUGGUCACGCUGCUGACCUUCCUAGGAUUCUUCAAUCUCUACGCCCUCCGGGUCAACGUCAGCGUCGUCAUUGUCGACAUGACGGAGAACAAGACGCACACAGACAGCAACGGGACGGUUGUUCGGGAGAGCGAGUUCGACUGGGACACGGAGCUGCAGGGCCUGGUGCUGAGCUCCUUCUUCUACGGCUACAUCUGCACGCAGCUGCUGGGCGGCUGGCUGGCGCUGCGCGUGGGCGGCGCUGUCCUCAUGACCUGCGCCGUCGCCGUCAGCGCAGUGCUGGCGCUCGUCACGCCCGUGCUGGUGCGCCUCAGCGUCUACGCCUUCAUCGCCAUCCGGGUCAUUCAGGGGCUUGUACAGUUGGCAGCCUCUUCCCCGCAGCCCCACGGCUCCCUCACACAGAGGCAGGGCUCAGGGCUCACUCUCCACGUUUUCCAGGGCAUGUCGUACCCGGCGGCGCAGGCUAUGUGGUCGCAGUGGGCACCGCCACGUGAGCGCAGCGUGCUGGCCAACGUGGGCUACGCGGGCUGCGACCUGGGCUCCGUCGUCGCCAUGACUGUCUCGGGCGUCAUCACCGCCAAGCUGGGCUGGCCCGCCGUCUUCUACAUCUUCGGCUUCGUCGCCCUGGCCUGGACGGCGCUGUGGGUCCUGGUAGUACGCCGCGCGCCGAAGGAGGACCACCAUAUCGAUCCCCGGGAGCAGCAGUACAUCGAGGAGUCACUGGGCGGGCCACCCGAACACCAGAACCAAGAAUACCCGUGGAAGAAUCUGCUGACAUCGAUGCCUGUAUGGGCAGUGCUGGUGGCCAACUUUACAGCCAACUGGGGCUUUUACACAAUGCUCACAGAGCUGCCCACCUUCAUGAAAGAAACAUUAAACUUCAACAUCGAAGAAAGUGGGAUCUUGUCAGCACUACCAUCAUUGUUGAUGCUGUUCAUAUUGCCACUGGCGGGAUUCUCAGCUGACUGGCUGAUCAACAGAAAGCUCCUCACCAUUGGCCAGGUGCGGAAGACAUUCUGCUGCGGGUCCUUCAUUGUGCAAGCAGUGUUCAUGAUGGUAGUGGCAUAUGUGAUGAAGCCUGUUGCUGCAGUUGCCUCACUCACCACUGGUGUUGGGAUUGGUGCCUUCGCCUACUCUAGCUUCUUUGUGAACCCACUGGAUAUUGCCCCGCAGUAUGCUAGCAUCAUUGUGGGUUUGAGCAACACAGCAGGAACAGUGCCUGGCAUUGUCAGUCCUAUCCUCAUCGGCCACAUUGUUCCUAACAGGACAGAAAAAGAAUGGCGGCUUGUAUUUUUAAUUACAAGUGCAGUCUACAUUGUAGGCACCAUUCUUUAUGGAAUAUUUGCCUCUGGUGAAACCCAACGCUGGGCAAAGCAAGGCCAAAAAUGAAAAGACAGUAUGGAGCAUCAAUAUAUAGAAACUCUUCUUAUGAAGGAAAUCCAUCUCAAGAUGCAUUCAGUAGACUAGUAUAACCUUCAACUGGCCUAUGGUAAUAAAUGUGGGCUCAUAUUGUGACAAAUUUCCUCGCCUGGCACAAGGAAAGUUACUCCAUGCCUGCAGAUGUAUUGCUACAGAGCUCCACAAUGCUACAGCAGUUUGCCUUCAGAACUAAUGACUGUACAUCCUUUAUUAAGUGCUUACAUUAAAUAUUGCAGUAAUAUUGGCACGUCUUCACUGUAAUAUUCACAAAAAAGUGUUUAAAAGUAAUUACUUACUCUGUUUGUACCAAGAGCUUCAUCAUAUUGCUGAAGUUCACUUUUCAUGCUACAUAAAAAAGAGCAAAUGUUUUACUUCCA